CCGCCAUCUCCCCAAAGGAGCAGCCGCUCCUCCUAGGACCUCCUCCGCCGCUGCCGCUCCCGCUCCCGCUCCCGCUGAGCUCCUCUCCCGCGCUUCUCUUCUCCGAUGGAGCCCGGGCGCCGCCGCAGCCGCUGUUACCCCGAGCACUGAACCGGGCCGACCCGGCCGGAGAAAGGUACCUCCCGGCCCGAGGGCGCACUAGGCGCACGCCAAGGCUAGGGGCCGCGGAAGGUGCAAGGAACGUGAAAGUGCCGCUCUCCCGGGUUACUUGGUCAGCAGUGGGGUGGAACAUGGCUUUGAAGGACACGAGCAGCGUCGGCAGCACCAUCCUGCCCAUUAGCGAGAUGGUCUCCUCGUCCAGUUCGCCCGGCGCGUCUGUAGCCGCCCCAGGGCCUUGCGCGCCCUCGCCCUUCCCUGAGGUGGUGGAGCUGAACGUGGGGGGCCAGGUCUAUGUGACCAAGCACUCGACGUUGCUCAGCGUCCCGGACAGUAUUCUGGCCAAUAUGUUCUCGCCCUCCAGCCCCCGGGGCGGCGCCCGACGCCGGGGCGAGCUGCCUAGGGACAGCCGAGCGCGCUUCUUUAUCGACCGGGACGGCUUCCUAUUCAGGUACGUGCUGGAUUAUCUGCGGGACAAGCAGCUCGCGUUGCCAGAGCACUUCCCCGAGAAGGAGAGGCUCCUGCGCGAGGCCGAAUACUUCCAGCUGACUGACCUGGUCAAGCUGCUGUCCCCCAAGGUCACCAAGCAGAACUCGCUUAACGACGAGGGCUGCCAGAGCGACCUGGAGGACAACGUCUCUCAGGGAAGCAGCGACGCGCUUUUGAUGCGUGGGGCAGCGGCCGCCGCGCCUUCGGGCCCCGGAGCGCACGGCGGCGGCGGCGCACGGGACAAAAGCUCGGGCUUCCUCACGCUCGGCUAUCGCGGCUCCUACACCACGGUGCGCGACAACCAGGCGGACGCCAAGUUCCGGCGUGUGGCGCGCAUCAUGGUGUGCGGACGCAUCGCGCUAGCAAAGGAGGUCUUUGGUGACACGCUCAAUGAGAGCCGCGACCCGGAUCGGCCACCCGAGAAGUACACGUCCCGUUUCUACCUCAAGUUCACCUACUUGGAGCAGGCGUUCGAUCGCCUGUCGGAGUCUGGCUUCCACAUGGUGGCGUGUAACUCCUCGGGCACCGCUGCCUUCGUCAACCAGUACCGCGACGACAAGAUCUGGAGCAGCUACACGGAGUACAUCUUCUUCCGACCACCUCAUAAAAUGGCAUCACCUAAACAAGAGCAUGAAGAUAGGAAACAUGACAAAGUCACAGAUAAAGGAAGUGAAAGUGGGACUUCCUGUAAUGAGCUCUCUACUUCCAGUUGUGACAGCCACUCAGAGGCAAGCACUCCCCAGGACAACCCACCCAAUGCCCAACAGGCAACAGCUCACCAACCUAAUACCUUAACAUUGGAUCGUCCCUCCAAAAAAGCACCUGUGCAAUGGAUGCCCCCACCAGACAAACGUAGAAACAGUGAACUCUUUCAGACACUCAUCAGCAAGUCUCGGGAAACAAAUCUUUCCAAAAAGAAAGUCUGUGAGAAGCUCAGUGUGGAAGAAGAAAUGAAAAAGUGUAUUCAGGAUUUUAAAAAAAUUCACAUACCAGAUUAUUUUCCAGAGCGCAAACGCCAGUGGCAAUCUGAACUGUUGCAGAAGUAUGGGUUAUAGUAAUUAUCACAUUCCUGCAGUAUUUCAAUGACAUUCAAUGUUUACUACAGUGUCACCACCUGACUGUGCCCUAACAAUGGUCAGUGUGAUGCUUGCUGCUCUUCCUUUGUGUGAACAGUGGAUGCGGGACAGUAUUUUCUUUCAUUCUUUUUGUUGCUUUUGUUUUUAGAAAUAUGUAUUAAAAAAAAGAAAACCAGUUCAUGUUGAAUCAAAAUGCUGUAUCUGAUUCAAACCAUUUUGCAAGAAUGAAAGUAUAAUGUGCAUGAGCAAGAAGCUUAGAAUCUUGAUUUUUUUGAACUGUGGUCAACUGGGUAUGUUUGUCACUUUGUAAUUCACCAAAAAGAAAUCAUAUUACUUCAAUUAAAAUGACAAUAUGAAUGAAGCAACAUCAAGUAAAAUGUUAGAUAAUGGUUUUGGGACUGAAGUACAAAACUGUUUAAAUGUUAAUGCAAUAAAACAAGUAUUAUUUUUGCAUGAGCACAAUGUUACAAAUAAAUCACAAGACAUAGGGAAGAUCUGUUUGUUUCUUGGAAAGAAAAAAUAUUACAAAAAUAACGCUAAAAAAAUGUUUUAGGCAAAGCCUAUAAAUGUAUGCUGUCUAAGAGACUGAAUCUGUGAUUUUUUGGUGUAUGUGUACGAUGUCCUGUAUGUUAAGAUGGUGUAAAUAUGCCUUAUACUGUUGUGUUAUGGCACUGACAUUCAUCUAUUAAUGCUAGUCAUGAUUAUUUCUGUGAAAUGAUUCCUCACAUCAGGCUGUGAAAAUUGGUAUGAUGAUGCUCUGAAAGAUUCUAUUAUUAUGUUAAUCAAAAUAAUUGAGGGAAAUAGUAAAGAGCUUUAUGUGUUUAUUAAAAAAGGAAAAUAUAUUAGAA